AAAAUCGGGUCUUCAAGAGUCAUGGGUCUGAAUCCUUUUAGGGUAUUUACUACCUCACCGAGGUCUAUCGAUCCAUGUAAAAAGCAUUAGAAUCGGAAGUGGACAUCUCGGGAGGUUCACUCGUUAGUGAGAGACCAUGAAGGAGUGAGUACAAUAGAUAUUUAAUUUUUGCUUGAGAUAUGUAAGUCCAUAUGACAACGGUAUUGAUGAAUAAGAGAUAACUGUUUGUAUAGAAUUUAAUGUAUUUAUCUUAGAAGUGAGAUCGAUGAUCGGUAUUAUAAUUGUUUAUAUAAAAAGUUGAGUGAACCAGAAUGGAAAAGUUCUAAAAUGUUAUCAUUAUUUUUAAAUUUAUUGUAUAAAUCGUUAAUGAAAGAUACCAUGGAAAUGAGAAUUAAGUCUUUUCUAAAACGUUUACUUCAAAUUUGUUUAUUUAAUGACGUUCCGUUUAUAUGUGGAAUUCUACUAUUGAUAUCAGAAGUACUAAAAAAACAUCAAUUGGGUUAUCAACUGUUAAAUUAUACACAAAGGCCAAAUUUUUCUGCAAGUACUAAAUUGGCAGCUGACGACGACGAAGAUGAACAUUUUCAAGAUGUUACUGAAGAAGAACAAUCUGAAAAUCAUAUUGUACCAAUUUCAACAGAAGAACAGCCAACAUCUUCUUGGUUACAUAAAAAUUUACAGCCAACGAAAUCAUCAACAUCGAAUCGUUCAUUUUCAAUGGACUCAACGUAUGAUUUGUAUAAACGUAAUCCAUUAUAUUCGGGUAGUGAAUAUUGUUGUAUGCAUGAAUUAAUUAUGUUAUCAAAACAUUGUCAUCCAACUGUUGCUUUAUUUACACAAAAAUUAUUACAGGCUAAACCAAUCGAAUAUGAUGGUAAUCCACUAAUUGAUUUUACCUCAAUGAGAUUUUUGGAUAGGUUUAUUUAUAAAAAUCCCAAAAAACAAUUAAAUAAACAUGAAAAACUUGGUCAUAAACUGAAAGGCAAAAUUUAUUUACCAAAAGGUGUUAAAUCAUUAGCUGUUGAUAGUGAUGAAUAUGCCAAAUUACAAACAACUAAUGUUCCCGUUGAUGAACAGUUUUUACAUACAUUUAUGAAAAUGCGUCAUGAGAACAGUAAAGGCAGUGAAAAUAAAAAGGAUGAAGAUGAAGAUGACAAUCGCAGUGUUGAGAGUGUAUCAGAUACAGAAUUCGAUAAUUAUUUAGAUCAGUUUAUGGAGCAAGUCGAUCCAGAUGACAUCGAUGAAGAAAACGAUAUUGCGAGUAAUCUUCAAAAUGUCUCUCGAAAACAUUUGGAUUCUGAUGAAAUGACCUAUGGUGAAGAUGAUCAAAGUGAUGUGGAUUCGGGUGAAGAAGAUGAGCGAAGACCAUCGAAAAAGCACCAGUUUAAUUUGAAUGAUGGAGAAGACAAUGAUGAGGAAAAUGGCGGUUUGGAGGAACAAGAAACAUUCGGAGACAAAAGAGGAAAUAAUAUUGGAGAAAAUUUCAAAGUCAAUAAUGACAAAGAAUUAAAACAAGUGAAAUGGGAAUUGGAUCGUGAACGAAAAUUUCGUGAUCGUGAUCGAAAAUAUGAAUCACAUUUGAAAAAGACUGGUCAAGUAAAACGAAAACUAACUCGACGUCAGAAACGAAAAAAUUUACAUAAUGAAAAUGUGAAACGUUUAAAUCAAAAACAGAAAAAAAAGAAAAAAUUAAGAAAUACUUAA